GGAGUUCACUUCUCAAGGAAAGCCAACAGCACACAGCUGUAGCACAUUGAGGAGACCUGAAGUCGACAGAAUUUAGAAUAUCUUUACGUUUGAUAUAAUACAGCCUUAAAAAUGUAUUUUAUAGUAGUUUUGCUGUUGGUUGGGACACUUUCAACGGUGGACAGCGAGAGAUACUCACUGAACUACAUCUACACUGCCCUGUCAAAGCCAGUUGAAUUGCCUGGUAUCCAUGAGUUCACUGCCAUGGGCCUGAUGAAUGACAGACAGAUUGACUACUAUGACAGCGAUGUCAAGCAGAAGAUUCCCAGACAGGACUGGAUGAAGGAGAAGCUGCCACCAGACUACUGGGAAAAAGGCACUCAGUCCCGUAAGAGCAAGGAGCAGUGGUUCAAAGUCAACGUCAACAUCCUGAUGGAACGUAUGAAGCACAACAACACUGAUGUCCAUAUUCUUCAGUGGAAGCAUGGCUGUGAGGUUUACAAACAGAAUGACGGUACAUUUCAAUUCAUAAAGGGCACUGACCAGUACAGCUAUGAUGGUGAUGACUUCCUGGCCUUUGAUGAUGCCACUAGUCAGUGGGUGGCCCCAGUUGAUCAAGCUCAGCUGACCAAGAGGAAGUGGGACGGGGUACAGAUCCUGAACCAGUACACCAAGGGUUACCUGGAGAAGGAGUGUGUGGACUGGCUGUCCAAAUUCAUGUCAUAUGGAGACCAAGAACUAAAGAAGGCCUCCCCUCCAAAAGUCUAUGCAUUUGCUAAAAAGGCCAGAAAUGAGGGACAUGUCCGACUGACCUGCAUGGCAACAGGUUUCUAUCCCAAAGAUGUGGAAAUGCAGAUUAGGAAGAAUGGUGUCCCAUUGACCAAAGAUGAUGGAGUCCAUUCUGAAGGAGUCCUACCCAAUAAUGACGAGACCUACCAGAUCAGGAAGAGUGUGCAGAUCCCAGAGGCAGACACAAAUGAUUAUGAAUGCCAUGUUGACCACAGAACACUGACAGAGCCCCAGGUGGUAAAAUGGGAUGGAAAGUGCUGUGAUUGUAGCUCAUCCAUAGGUGUUAUCAUUGGUUCUACUGUUGGCGUGGUGCUGGUGGUCGUCCCUCUCCUCAUAUUGAUUGUGGUUCUGUGGAAGAGGAACAGAGUGACUAUGAAUUGUGAUUCCUCCAGCACUUCCUCUGAAUCUGGUAAUGGCAGCAAAGUCAGUCUAGAGACAGAAGCAAUAUUGACAAAUGCAGUGAACAACGACGUUAGCAGCACUUCUACAGACUCUGGUCAAGCCAGCAAUGAACGUCUGGAAAUGCUGAGAAAUUGAGCCAUUGGAGGGUGACUGACAGCACAUCUAGAUCCAUAACAACCUGUUUUUUGAUGUCAUAAUUUUAAGAAUGUUUGUAUACUUUUCUAAUGGUAGUGGAAUUAGCUUUGAGAAUAUGAUUACAAAAAAUACAUUUUACAUAUUUUUUAAUUGGUGAAUUGCUUUUACAAUUGAUUUACACUUCAAUGGCAUACAUUUAUGCUGAAAUGAUAUUUACUAUUUAUUACUGUCGUAGUCCCGAUUUAGCAAUCUUAAAAUGAAUGCACUGACUGCCCCUCUAACCAUUUUUUUUAAUGAAACUGUGUUUUAUCAUGUUUUUAAAAGAUUUAUUUGUAGUUACCAGAUGUUAGUAUUGUAAUUCAAGUUGAUAUUUAUAUCAAUUUGAUGUUUACUUUGGACAGAUUUAUCUAUUUAUCAAUGUCAUGGGUGUUUUUUGAAAAAACAUUGUUUUCAAAUACAGUAUUAAGUGUUGGGAGAUUUUAAUUGCUUGGUAUUGGAACCAUUAUUCUAUUUCUGUUUCAACAAUUUGUUCUGAUUGAUUGAAUCUAGCAUGUGUGUAUUGACUAAUAGAACACACGUACACACAGUGGUGGUUCCAACAUUCCAACAUUCUUCUAUUAAAGAAUAAUGAGAUCACUGUGUAUAUGGGGACCUUCAACUCUGCCAAAAUUCUUUGGUAAUUCUUUAUAAAAAGUAACAAAUAUUUUUUGUAACGCUCAACAAAGCAAUUAAAUUAUUUACUGAAUUUAAAAAUACAUUUUAUUUUGUUUAAACAGUAUUAUUUUUUUGCCCUAAAAAAAGCCCAACUUUCCAUUCAGCAUGUUCUCCAAGGCUUGGAAGUCCCCUGUUUUCUAGGGUGUGACCUGUAGACCAAGGAGGCGUGGCAAGAUUUGGAUGUAGGACAUUGCGUGACUAGUUAAGAUGUAACACUGACUGCACCAUUACUUUUACUUUCUGUUGGUUAAUCAAAGAGUUCUUGCCAACCCCGAACUGUAGUUAUAGUUCACUUCUAUUGUUUUAUUGUUGCCUUUACAUUUUUAUUAGUGUACCUACUGUAUGAGUUUUGAAAGCACCUAUUCCCGUAUUUCUUUAUCAAAUGUUUCAGCCAUUGGGCAGUGACGUACAGCACAUUAAAAUACAGAAAGAACCUGUAAUGCAAUUCUUAUUAAUCCA